AGGCCAAGGCCGCCAGAGGCUCAGGCUCCGGUCGACGGGGUGGGGCCCAGCCGAGCUGCCGGCCGCUUCGGAACCGAGGAGACGGGUUUGCGCAGGGCUGCGGGCCGGGUGCUCCCGGGGCGCAGUGUUCACGGUGAGGUCGCGACCGGCGAGCGGCUGGUUAAUGAUUUAACCACAGGUUCUGGGCGGUCGAGCUCCGAUCCGCGUUUCUGGCUCCGCCCCCUCCGAGCGCCCCCAGCCGGAGUUACAAAACCGCCCCCCGACCUAGUGUGUCCCAGGAUCUGCCCUGCUCGCUGGGGAUCCUGGCCGCCCGCGGCCCUGUGAUCUCCCUGCUGUCACCUUCUCCACCCACUGGACUGGGACUUCAGAUCUGACCCCAGACCUACCUGCCGCCUUGGGAGGGUCUACCUCCCCUCCGAGCCAGCAAGAUGCCGAUUCUCAAGCAGCUGGUGUCCAGCUCAGUGCACUCCAAGCGCCGUUCCCGAGUGGACCUCACAGCUGAGAUGAUCAGUGCUCCGCUGGGUGACUUCCGCCACACCAUGCACGUGGGCCGGGCUGGGGACGCCUUUGGGGACACCUCCUUCCUCAACAGCAAGGCAGGUGAGCCUGACGGCGAGUCCCUGGAUGAACAGGCCUCCUCCUCAUCUUCCAAACGCAGCCUUCUGUCCCGGAAGUUCCGGGGUAGCAAGCGGUCACAGUCAGUGACCCGGGGGGACCGGGAGCAGAGAGAUAUGCUGGGUUCCCUUCGGGACUCAGCACUCUUCGUCAAGAACGCCAUGUCCCUGCCGCAGCUCAAUGAGAAAGAGGCCGCAGAGAAGGGCUCCAGCAAGCUGCCCAAGAGCCUGUCAUCCAGCCCUGUGAAGAAGGCGGAUGCUGGGGAUGGCAGUGCAGAGGAGGUGGGUGCUGCGGAGCUGGGGCCCCGCCGGAAUGGGGCCACAGGCCCCCACUCCCUGGACCCCCUCCUCGAUGAGCAGGCCUUCGGGGACCUGACAGAUCUGCCCGUUGUGCCCAAGGCCAGCUAUGGUCUGAAGCAUGCGGAAUCCAUCAUGUCCUUCCACAUUGAUCUGGGGCCCUCCAUGCUGGGCGAUGUCCUCAGCAUCAUGGACAAGGAGGAGUGGGAUCCUGAGGAGGAUGGUGGCAGUUACCGUGUGGAUGAGGACCCCGGUGGGGUCACCCAGGCUCCCCCUUCAGCUGAGGCAGCCCCGCCCCUGGCAAGGCCCUCCCACGCUCUGGAGGACGAGGGGUGGGCGGCAGCGGCCCCCAGCCCCAGCUCGGCCCGCAGUGUGGGCAGCCACACCACGAGGGACAGUAGUUCCCUCUCCAGCUGCACCUCAGGUGUCCUGGAGGAGCGCAGCCCAGCCUUCCGGGGACCGGACAGGGCACAGGCCGCUGUCCCGAGGCAGCCCGACAAGGAGUUCUCCUUCAUGGACGAGGAGGAGGAGGAGGAAGACGAGAUCCGCGUGUGAGGUGGUCAGAAAGUAGCUGGAGCUCCGAGCUGCGGUCUUCUCCCUGCUCCCACCCCACUGUGACCUUCGACCUUACUGCACAAGAGGCAGCCUAGGACCUCUUGGGUGAGGGGCUCAGAGGACUCGGGGAGCCGGCCUAGGUGCACACGCCUGCUCCCCACAGCAGCAUGGGGCCAGGCUGUGUUCUCCAAGCAGGAAUCCAUUUUCCUCCUGGCCUCCUCUUUCUCUACCCUAGCCCCAAAUGGCUGCCAGAUGUUAUCCUGAGUUCCUGUUGGGCACCCAUGGCAGGUCAGCCGGAGACAGCUUACUCCAUGGCUAGGACACUUGGCUCUCUGUCCCCUUCCUCUCCUGGUGUCCCUGCUGUGACCACUAGGGCCCCAAGCAGGUGUGCGUAGCAGGAGGAAGGGGGUGAUCUCUCAUCCCAUCCCCUCCAGCUCCUUCCCUGGGAGAUAGACGGGCAGGGGACCAGCUGUGAACCAGAUAGCACACAUAGCCCCUGGCAGGGGUGAGACAGGAUGGUAAUGGAUGGGUUCCCAAGGAGGGACCCUUCCCAGAGGACACUAGGAACAGGGCCGGGGCCCCGCCCUAUGGGUGUGUUUGUUCUUUAUUAUUAUGUUGAAGUCCUUAUAGAGCAAUAUUUGGAACAGUGUUAAUAAAUAGAAUGGAAUCCUUUUAGAAAACCUUUAUACCAAGUCCCCUCCUCUUGGAAGUUACAGUGACUGUUAGCAUACUCAAGUCUGGGCACCUCCUGCAUCAAAGAAACCAGCCCAACCUGAACUGUGGUGGUGGGGGGGUGUUCUCGAGUGCCCCCUAUAGCUUUUAACAGCUGCAGGAGGCCAGUGUGGAUUUCUGGAAAAUGAUUAUUAAAAAAUAAUAUAUCACGGGUGGAGGCUGUGUUUUGACUCCUUCGCCCUGUGUGGGACACUUCCCCUCCCUUUCCCAGACCCUUCCCCCACUGGGGAGGCCCAGGGGCCCAGGCAAGGGUUGCCAGAUUUAGCAAAAAAAAAAUACACAAAACAAAAACCAGAAAGCUGAAUUAAAUUUGAAUUUCGGGUAAACACAAGAUAAUUUUUUUUAGUAUUAGUAUACCCUAUGUAAUAUUUGGAACAUUCUUAUGCUAAAGAGUUGUUUUUCUGAAAUUCAAGUUUUGCUCCUUCUCCUGUAACUAUCCAGGGGAUUGAGUAGAAGCUGGGGUGUGAGCCCCAGGGGUGACGCGGAUUAUCUUUCUGUCCUGGGAAUAGGCUGACCGGCCUCUGCCUCUGCUUGGUCAGAGGGAGGAGGGGGAGAGAGAACUAACUACAGUACAAGGGGUCCCGGCCAGGAGUGGUGAGCCUGGCGGGACCCUGACUCUGAGACACUAACCUGGCUCCUGACUUGCGCUGCCGUUUCUGGAAGCUUAGCUCCCUCACUGGCAGAAUCACAGGGCUGUGCUGCCCCAUGAGUGGCCCUUGGCACCUGCCCAGGUCAGUUCCAGGCUCUAAACUGUAUUUUUUCAUGAUAUUGUUAAAGCAGCAAGGAAACAUUAAAAAGCCCUCUAGCACA